AUGUACGACAUGUCCUGUCGGGAGUGUGAUCUCACUUUAAAAGAAUCCAGCUUGUUUUUUUUCUUUCUGUUUUAAGGCCCAGAUUAUGUAAAGGAUCAUCUCCCUAAAGUUGCUCAGCAUACUUCCUAUAUAGGAGAAAAGCGUCCUGCAUUAGAAAAAACUGGAGAUCUCAGAUAUUUACAGAGGCCCGCCUCAAAGAGAAGCUUGCCGGCCAAAUAUAAAUCUGAGUAUGUUGGUGAAAUUGGUUGGGGAAUACCAGUGUAUGACUUUAUCAACAAAACAAGGCUUCAGACUGGCUUUCAUGUUAAGUAUGAAGAGUUCAGUCAAGCUGCUGUUGAGAAACUAAGCCACAGAUACCAGAACCCAUGGCAACCGAAUCCUUCUAUUAUGGAUGCAGAAGAAAGCUUCAGUCGUGGUUUUAUUGCCUGGCAUAUGGGUGAUUAUGAGGACACCAAUCAAAGAAACUCCAAACGGGCCAUCCUCCUUCGGCAGAGCCAGGCAGCAUUGCCAAGAGUUUCCAGACCACCUAAGCUGCCAAAGCUACCAGAAGAGCAGGAGGCGGGGGACAGGAGAUGCGGCGGCAAGGCCAGUUUCCUCAGCUUCCAGGGGCUGGGCCGCAUCUUUAUUGUCUGUGAAGCCCUGGAAGGUCGGGGGAGGAGGGAGGGGAAGCGCCCAGAACGUGUCAACGAGGAGAAGGGAACCGAGACUGCGGGUGCUCGAAGCCGGUGCAGAGGGGACGCUGUGACCUCACUCAGCACGGACGGGGAGAGGGUGGCCACGGGCGAGGUCCACGACAACCGCCACGAUGCCACGGAGCCAAGGACUCGGAACACCCGUCUCGUGCCAGACAUCAGGCUGCCGAGAGCUGCGAAGCGUCUGGAGAAGCCGGGCGGGGUCGGGCCGAGCUCGCCGCUGCCACGGAACCACACGGGGCCGGGCUGA